AUGGGGAAAAAGUUAGAAAAGCAACUCAGCAAACAGAUGCGGACUAACUUUGCAUGGUGUCACUCUUAUAACAUUACCUGGUUUAAGGAACUCCUUCCAUGGACAAGCAAAAAUAAAAAAAUUGAUGAAAUUAUUAAAGAAGCUCAACUUGAAAGUUUCUUCGAAUGGGUUGAAUAUGAAGAAUUCGAUAAGAUUGAAUUAAUAGCUGAGGGAGGUUUUGGUAGUGUAUCAAAAGCAAUUUGGAAUUCGGGUUAUGUAAUUAGUUUCAAUAAAACUCAAAGAAAAUUAGUUCGAGCGGGGCCAAGUCUUGUUGCACUAAAAAUGUUAUUCAACUCAAAUAAUGCAAAUUGUAAUACAAUUCAAGAAGUAAGUGAAUAUUGA